GCUUGUUUGUUUGUUUGUUUGUCCCUUCCUGUUUUUUCUUAGCUGGUGAAAUUGAUUCCCUAUUACACCCUCCGUUCACUCACAUGCCUAAUAGAAACGUCUGCAUCAAUCUAGCAUGGCAAUUACCUCAAACCUCUGCAACUUGCAGAGCUCAGACCCACAACAAAUUAUGGGUUUGGCUUCCUAUCGAGAAACCCGUUUGGGGGUUUUUCAAUAAACUACCCCUCCUCCUCCUCGGUUGCUUGUUUCUCACUAUUUGUGGGUCUUGUUUAAUCUAAACCUGCCCCCCCCACCCUUUUGUUUUUGCUUCAAGUCAUCAAUCUAUUUAUUUAUUCUUUAUUUGACUACUGUUUUUAAUAUUUCUUGCUUCGUAUACUCGAGGAGGUUGGGAUUGAGAGAGUUUUGGGGUUUAGUGUUAUGGGUCUGCAAUUGAAUUGGCUGGCGGUGAAGCUCUUCGCCAUUGCGCUUGCUUUGGUGGUUCAAGGAUCUACAGGAUAUGGCAUUUCCCCAUCUCCAGCAACUUUUUCUACAAUUCCUCCUAUCAAAGAAGGACCCCCUGAUCAUGCAAAUAGAAGCAAUGCACCUAGUCCAGCAUCUCAACCUCACGUUUUACACCCGCCACCUUUGCUAGCACCCCUUGUGUCACCCCCAGAACCCCAACCGAUCAAAGGGGUUGCACCAUCUUUGUCCCCAAGUACUCCUACGGUAUUUCCGCCACAAAGUUCUAUUCCUCCACCAUUAACUGGUCAUGGAGUUGUACCAUCACUACCACCGAGUGUUCCUGGAACAAAGGAACCAAAGAAUAAGAAUCCCGUCACUUUGCCAGUUGCUCCAGCUACAUUGCCUCCAAUGAAAUCUCCAGAAAAUCCACCAACCUUCUACCCCAUUGUGCCAGGAUCCAUGCCACCAAGUUCUCGUCAAAACAAAGCACCAGACAGUAAUGCUCCUCUGUCCGUGCCGAGCGUUCCGGUACCAACUACAUCACCACCAAAGGAACUACCCCAAAAGCCACCACCACCCAGGGAGCCAAUUAUGCCUGGAGUACCACCAUCGAAUUUUCCUGCAGUGCCCGUUGCAUCACCUUCAACCAAAGUGCUGCCAAUUUCACCCACCAGUCCCCCUCCAAUCCCCAUGGAACCUCCAUCUCAUUUACCCGAACCUGAUAAUUCUCCUGUAUUAACUCCUUCACCAAGUGCCACGUGGAAAAGUGCUGGCAUCCCAGUUGCUGCACCUCCAAAUGAAACACCCAAUCAAUUUUCUCCAGUGAACCCUUCCCCCCAAAAGGGUCCUUCCAUGCACAAAGCCCCGAGGCAUUUUAACAAUUCUGUUCCUCGUCUUUCAUCUCCGAUGUCUCCUCCUCCAAAUGUAGAGUCUGAUUCUCCUGCAUUACCUCCAAUCUCAAAUCACAAGCAUUAUCAUGCGAAGGAUAACAUCCCCAAUCCUGCUCCAUCAUCACUUUUGCUUCCUCCGCCUGCUUCAAGUCAGCGAGGUCCUAGCUUCGCUCCAGCUCCUUCACAUCCUCUCAAAUCACAUCCAAAAAGUAGGCAAAGAGACAAUGCCCCUCCACCCAUGAAUCGAGAGAGUCAUGUUUCACCUGCACCUGCACCAUAUCCAACAGCUCCAUCUGGACAAACUAACUUGCCCUACCUUUUCCCUAAAAUUUCUCCUUCUGGAUCUUUGCCGAGGAAUCCAAAGAUGCCAAUCUCUCCUCCAAUUCGCACGCUACCACCUCCACCUCCUAAUGAAGAUUGUUCAUACCUAGCAUGUGUGGAUCCACUGACAAAUACUCCUCCUGGAUCGCCCUGUGGCUGCGUGUUGCCCAUGCAAGUUGGACUGCGCCUGAAUGUAGCAUUGUAUACGUUCUUCCCUUCGGUAUCAGAACUUGCUGAGGAAAUUGCUGUCGGGGUCUUUGUGAAACAAAGUCAAGUUCGCAUCAUGGGAGCAAAUGCAGCUAGCCAAGAUCCAGAGAAGACGAUUGUCCUCAUUGACUUGGUACCUCUUGAAGAAAGAUUUGACAACACUACAGCAUAUUUGAUAUUUCAGAGAUUCUGGCAGAAAAAAGUAGCAAUAAGUACUUACCUGUUUGGAAAUUUUGAAAUAUUAUACGUGCGUUACCCAGGUCUUCCACCCUCUCCACCUUCUAGCAUUAGUGUUAUAGAUGGUGCACCAUAUUCUGGGCAUGACAAUAAUGGAAGGACCAUACAUCCCCUAGGGGUUGAUGUUGGAAGGCGGAAGCAUAAAAAUGGGCUUAGUGGCAGUGUCGUGGCCAUCAUAGUUAUGUCAGCCUCUAUGGCCAUGAUUUUAUGUUGUGCAGUUGCUUGGGUGUUGCUUUUCAGACAUAGGGACUGCCAACAGGAUUCAACUCAGGCCACUUUACCUUCCCUGUCAAAGCCAUCAGGGAUUACUGCUUCUAUGGUUGGGAGUGGGCCUACUUCUGCUUCACCAUCUUUUGUGUCUAGUUUUGCAACUUACACUGGAUCUGCUAAGACUUUCAGUUCAAGCAACUUAAAGAAAGCCACCGAUAACUUCAAUGCCUCAAAAAUACUAGGUGAAGGUGGUUUUGGUCGUGUAUAUAAUGGUGUUCUUGAAGAUGGGACAAAAGUAGCUGUCAAGGUUCUUAAGAGAGACGAUCAGCAGGGUGGUCGUGAGUUCUUGGCUGAAGUCGAAAUGCUUAGCCGUCUUCACCACAGAAACUUGGUGAAGUUGAUUGGGAUAUGCACCGAGGAACGAAGUCGAUGCCUAGUUUACGAACUCAUUCCAAAUGGCAGCGUUGAAUCUCAUCUACAUGGCGAUGAUAGGGUAACUGCUCCACUUGAUUGGGGCUCACGGGUGAAGAUAGCACUAGGAGCGGCUAGGGGUCUAGCAUAUUUGCAUGAAGAUUCAAGUCCCAGAGUCAUACAUAGGGACUUCAAGUCAAGCAACAUCUUGUUGGAACAUGAUUUUACACCAAAAGUGUCCGACUUUGGCUUGGCUCGAACUGCAUUGGAUGAAGAGAACAGGCACAUUUCUACACGUGUCAUGGGAACUUUUGGAUAUGUGGCUCCUGAGUAUGCAAUGACCGGUCAUCUUCUUGUGAAGAGUGAUGUUUACAGCUAUGGAGUAGUCCUCCUUGAGCUCCUAACGGGCAGAAAACCAGUUGACAUGUCUCAGCCACCUGGUCAAGAAAACUUAGUCUCAUGGGCCCGUUCACUACUCACGAGCAAAGAAGCGUUAGAAUCUAUCAUAGACCCAUCUCUGGGACUUGAUUUCCCCUUUGAUAGCAUUGCCAAAGUAGCGGCUAUCGCUUCGAUGUGCGUGCAACCGGAGGUGUCACACCGACCUUUUAUGGGUGAGGUUGUUCAAGCAUUGAAACUAGUGUGUAAUGAGAGUGAUGAUACUAAGGAAUUCGGGUCAAGAAGUUGUAGCCAAGAGGAUCUUUCCGCUGAUUUGGAUGCCAGGAUCAGUGCCAAUUCAGGACAGUUGAUAGAUCCUUUACAAAACCAUUCCCCGGUUUCCAACUAUGGUUAUGGAUCUGAUGUUGAGAGGGGAAUUUCAACGUCAGAUUUGUUUGGUUCGUCUAAAAUGCUUCUGAGAUCUGAGUCGUUUCGGAGGCACUCGAGUUCAGGUCCCCUGAGGAGUGGAAGGCGGAGGCAGCUCUGGCAGAAAAUGAGGAGAUUGUCUGGGGGCACCGUGAGCGAGCAUGGGGUGUUCUUUGGGUUAUGGCCUGGGUCCUACUGAAUGUUUCCGCCAGUCUCUCGUGUUUGGAUCUUGGAUUUGUGGAGGGGUAUGGAAAACAGAGGGAAAAUCAUGAAUUCCUUUCUUUCUUUUUCUUUUGCCUCUCCAAAGCCCUUCAUAAAUCCAAAAUCCCCAGUCUUGUUGAAUCCACUUUCACCUGUAAUUUCUUAGGACUUCUUCAACUUCUAAGUGAGAGCAAGCACAAGGGCCACCGGUGAAGAUGGAUUAUUUUCUAGGAUUGAAACUGGUGGAGACGUGAAGUUGUUUGACGGAUGGUUAACAAAUUUUGUUGGGGUAGCAUUUGAAUGCUGGGAAAUUUUGCGAAGCACACAAUAAGUAUUGAGUGAUACGGGAAGCGACUUUCUUGAUCUUGAUCACCGCAAUUCAACUGAGCUUCCAAGUUGGCCAUACAAACAACAAUAAGAAGACGGUGCGCAUUUUUCGGAUGGUGGCAUCAAGAAUUAUUUUGUUUUUGCUUAUGAUUGAUGAGGUGAGAGUUUUCUUUCUUUCGAGGAAAUGUGCAGGUUGUGAUAUUGAACUGCUUCUCUUUUCGUAGUAGUUGUAAAUAUUGAAGCAAUGUUUUUAUCAUCAGUUUCGAGUUUUCUCUGUCA